CGGAAAAGGGUCCGGAGUGGCUUUUUGGUGUGCCUUGUCGAGUGAGAGGAUGCCUGUCUCGCUGUUUGAUGUGCUUUAUCCAACCGGGAUGUCGGGUGGUUCAGCGGACAAGGGUGCACCUGCCUGUCUGCUUGGCGCUACUGCAGGUCCUGUACCUAGGCUUUACACCUCGCAUCCUCACAUCUUCUCCCACCUCCAGCAUUCUAGCACAUCCACCUAUAUAUACUUACAUACCUCCUCGCGCCGCUAUACACAUCAAUGAACACGACGACUCUCCCGUACUACUACCGCCACCACCUCCGCCGCCGCCCUAGUCGCCCACCGCCCACACGCCGCCAAGACACCCGCCCAAGCUUCCGCUCGUGGCUCCCCGUCCACAACACAAG